UUGCAGGGCACCGAUGCCGGCAUCCAAGUCCGAACCCCACAUUGUGUCGCGGUGCUGGUCGCAGUGCAGCAAGGUGACGAAAGCCGAAGAUAAGCGACUUCGCAAGCUCGAGCUCCAAACACGACUUCUCUAUUGAAGCAGCGAUUCUACGCUCGAUCACGUUGCACUUCUCUUGCACGUUCUCGACUUUCACAUUACAUCGACAUGGCCUCACGAAGUCUGACCGGCAAGUCUAUUGCCGCCUCGCUGAGGAGUGCAUCGACCACAACAACUGGCUUGCGGGCUGGUCAAACCAGUGGACUCGCAACAUUGGCCAAUUUCAAGCCUCCCACUAUUAACAACGAACCCAAUAAACAUUACGAGAAGGACUCCGUCGACCGCACAAAGCUCGCAGCUGCCAUCCAAGCACUCCGAUCACAAGCACCUCUGCAGGUCCCGAUCGUAGUUGCCGGCAAGGAGUCGAGAACACAGACGAUCUCGGAACAGCCGAUCCCAUAUUCCCACAAGGACUCCAUCGCUUCUUUCUCCAACGCUACCGCUCAGGAUGCGCAGAACGCCAUUGAGUCGGCAUUGGCAGCGAAGAGCUCCUGGGAAAGCCUGCCAUUUGCGGAUAGAGCUGCAAUCUUCUUGAAGGCAGCUGAUCUAGUGGCUGGCAAAUACAGAUACGAUAUCAUGGCUGCCACCAUUGUUGGGCAAGGGAAGAACGCUUGGCAAGCUGAGAUUGAUUCUGCCGCAGAAUUGGCCGAUUUCCUUCGCUUCAACGUCAAAUACGCUCAAGAGCUCUACUCACAACAGCCUGAACAUAACAGCCCGGGUGUGUGGAACAGGGUAGAGUACAGGCCACUUGAGGGAUUCGUGUACGCUGUCACGCCAUUCAACUUCACCGCGAUUGCUGGCAAUCUGCCUGGAGCGCCAGCGCUGAUGGGUAACGUCGUGGUCUGGAAACCGUCGCCCGCUGCCAUCGCAUCAAACUGGCUCGUGUACAACAUCCUGAUUGAGGCCGGUCUUCCUCGCGAUGUCAUUCAAUUUGUACCAGGAGAUGCUGUGGAGAUUACUAAGGCUGUUCUUGCCCACAAAGACUUCGCCGCUCUGCACUACACAGGGUCAACAUCAGUCUUCCGCUCACUCUACGGGCAGAUUGGCCAAGGCACGGCAGAGGGCAGAUAUAGGGGUUACCCCCGUAUUGUUGGCGAGACGGGUGGCAAGAACUUCCACCUGGUGCACAGAUCUGCCGAUGUCGAGAACGCCGUACUCAACACUGUCCGUGGAGCUUUCGAAUAUCAAGGACAAAAGUGCUCCGCCACAUCGCGCGCUUACUUCCCGAAGAGCUUGUGGGAUCAGGCGAAGCCUCUCCUGAUCAAGGAGACACAGAAGCUGAAAAUCGGUUCGCCCGAAGGUUUCGGCAACUUCAUUGGCCCUGUCAUCCAUCAACAGUCUUUCAACAAGCUAUCCAAGGCCAUUGACGAGUCCAACAAGGAUUCUUCUCUCGAACUUGUUGUGGGCGGCAAGCACGAUGGCAGCAAAGGUUUCUUCAUCCACCCUACGAUCUAUGAGGCCAAGACGCCUGACCACAAGAACUUCACCACGGAAUUCUUUGGGCCCAUCUUGACCGUCUAUGUAUAUGAUGAUACCACGGACCCUGCCAAAGCAUACCAGGACAUCUGCAAGACCAUCGACACGACUUCCGAAUAUGGGCUCACUGGUGCUGUCUUCGCGCAAGAUCGAGAGGCUCUCGUCUACGCCGAGAAUGCUCUGCGAAACGCGGCUGGUAACUUCUACCUCAACUGCAAGUCUACCGGCGCCGUCGUCGGUCAGCAACCAUUUGGGGGCGCUCGAGCAUCAGGCACGAACGACAAGGCUGGCUCUGCCAACUUGCUCUCACGAUUCGUGAGCAUGCGUGCUCUCAAGGAAGAGUUCAACGCGAUUCCGUCAGUGGAGUACCCUUCAAACAUUGUCUAAUACUUUGCAUACAUCGUUGCCCGCGAGUGACAGGGGGCGGCAAUUGGACUGGAUGGCAUCUGACGGGGCGCAACAGCGGGUGAAUGACAUAUGAUUUGAAGCGUUCAGCAGGACAAGAAAAGGGAGUGCUGUCCCUUCAGCAAUCCGUGUAGCACAUGGUGUCGGAUUGGCAUGGCAUGGUGGCCACCUCGCAUGAACCGGCUCAAGCCCUAACUGCCGGAACAUAGAUGUUCCGUUCCGGCAGUGGUAUAUAGAGCCAGCUCCGAAGCUACCUUCUAUAGAAAAAGACAUCUUUAUUAUACCGAC